UGGAGGGUAUUGAGCAAGGGGAAGGGGCCACGUGCCGCCAGGGAAGGGGCCACGUGCCGCCAGUUGUGGUUUCGAGUAUUGACGCUGCUCUGCUCUCAUACUAUCUCCCAGCACCCGUGUGUGUUGUAUGUGUGUGUGUGUCAUAAUGGAUUCCCAGAGAGAACUGGGCGACUUGCGAGCGGUUGUGCUUAGGCUAAGGGAUCUCGGGUGGAACGUGGACUGCGUUUUGGGCCAUUCGAAGGGCGCUGCGGCCGUGUUGCGGUACGGGGAGAAGUUUGACGACGUCCCACUGGUGGUGAACGUGGCGGGACGAUUCGACACGAGUGAGACCCCUCGAUCACGCUUCACGGAGGAACAGUGGGACCAGCUAGAGAAGACGGGAUCUUUCGAGUGGAAUGUCAGGGGGGAAGAUCUCACCAUCAACAAAAGUGAUUUUGAGGAGCGAGCCGCGCUCAACAUGAAGAAGACGGCCGCAUCGAUCACGCGAUCGAAGGUACUGACCAUUCACGGCACCGAGGAUGAAACCAUCCCGGUAGCCGAUGCUUACGAGUUCGACAAGGUGCUGCCCAACAACGAACUCGUCGUCGUGGAGGGUGCAACCCACCGCUUCGCCACCGAGCCCGAGCAGGUUGAAGUGAUGAAGGCGCUCAACCGAUACUUGGAGAAGGCGGAAGGACCGUCAACCGCAGAGAGAUAAGGACUGGCGCGGGCAGGGGGGGCGGGGUUGAAUGGGGGCGUGCGGCGGCUGCUCACACAGAACGGAUCCCCUCGUCACAUCAGAUCUCGGCAAAGGCUUGUUUCUUGUUUUGCAUAUGGGAUACACCCACGGCGACAAUAUAGGUUACAUUAUUAGUGUUCUGUAGGCUUCUUGACUGAGCACCUGCUCUCAUGGCGAAGUUCUUGCUUUUUGAACUUUUCGAGGCUCAAUUUCUUAUCUUAAAACUGCGAAGGUCUUAGGUGGUGGCGCGUUCUGUAUGCAGUGUAGGUGGAGUCCGCUUCUUGUCUCGUCAGAGGGAGAGUAGGAAGUUGUCGAUCCUUGUUUGUUGUACCAGUAUGACUUUGUUUGGAAGACCGUAUCAACAGAGGGCAUCUCGACAUCUCGACGUGCUGCUGAUGGAGGAACUGGUCCGUAUGCAUGGUCUACAGCGACCCUUGCAAACAAUACUAUCGAUGGUUGUUGUAGUGUAGAGUACGAUUGAUUCCCUUGAGUGAAGAAGAUUGUGGAAUCAUGACAAUCGAUGGUGGUGCGAAGUGCCAAGAAAUUUC